AUGGCGGUGCAAAUGGCCGGAUCGCCUCGGGAACGGCGUUGUUUCCCUCUUCCUCCCGUUCGAGAAAUGCAGGCGGCGGAGGGGGCGGCGAAACUGCUUUACGUGGUGGUUGUAGAGGAUGACUCCGAGGCGCCGGCGCCGGCGCCGGCGGCAGCCGGGAAGGGUUCGCCGUCGUUUAGAUACACGCGUUCCGUCCUGCAGAGUACUCUGCAGCUCAUGGGUUGCAAGGCUCGUCACGCCUUUAAGAUUAGCCAAAGGGUUUUUGAUGUGAUGAAACACAAGCACUUUGUGGAGAAGUUUGUGUCAGAAUCUAUAGAGGUGUCAUCACAGGUUGCUAAAUUAUAUCCUCAAGGGGAGAAUAAAUGCUAUUUUCCACCCUGUUCGGACAAAGAAGAUGUUGAUCAUUCAUCUGAGGCGAAAGAUGUGAGCAAAAGCAAACCAUUUGAAUCGUACAAGAGACGCACAACCAUGGUUGUUGGAAGAAAAUAUUUUCUAGAUGUUGUAUGUGAUGCUCUCUCAGAGUACAAGUAUGUGGGUCCAAAUCAGAGGGCUGAUCUAGUAUUAGCUUGCAGAAUCAGAGAAAGAAAGGAAUCUGUGACUGUCUUACUCUGUGGCACGAGUGGCUGUGGAAAGUCUACUUUAUCUGCCUUAUUGGGUAGCAGGUUGGGUAUCACUACUGUUAUAUCUACCGACUCAAUUCGCCAUAUGAUGAGGAGCUUUGCUGAUGAGAAACAAAACCCAUUACUCUGGGCCUCAACUUAUCAUGCCGGUGAACAUUUGGAUCCAGUUGCAGUCGCAGAAGCUAAGGCCAAAAAGAAAGCCAAGAAAUCAGGUGGGGUUUCUGCUGCCUCUCUAGCUAAAGAUGAAGGGCUCAGUAAUCCCACUAGUGGAAAAUCCAAAUGCAAUACAACGGCUGGUGAUUUAAUUAGUCCGAAACAGAUGGCUGUUGAAGGAUUCAAAGCACAAAGCGAAAUGGUAAUUGACAGCCUCGAUCGACUUAUAACUGCAUGGGAAGAAAGGAAGGAAUCGGUUGUGGUCGAGGGCGUUCACUUAAGUCUCAAUUUUGUGUGCACGGCCUACUCUCUGAGAUCCAAGGGCAUGUUCCAGCUCAUCCAGAGGCAGGGCUCGACAAGGCACCUCAUGGCGCUUGUAAAUGGCGACGGCUCUGUGGCCAGGGCAUGGCCUGUUGACGUUGCGGGGGAUGGGCCUGUGUACGGGCCGCUGCGUGUUGGGAGGGCGGAGGCUGUGAAUCUGCAGUUUGGCCACUUAGGGAUUAGUGCUUGGCCUGGGGAUACGGGGGGCACGAGCCAUGUUGGGAGCUUUGACGAGUCGAGGGGAGAGCUGACGGAUAAUGGGAGCAGGUAUUACUCGUCGUGUGCCAGCUCGCCUAGGAUAUCUGAUGGGCCCGCCAAAGAGAUGGAGGGGUCAGUGGACGAGGAAUCCACAAAAUCGGACGAGGAGUACGAUGACCUUGCCAUGCAGGACAGUGGUUACAUGUGUGAUGAUGACGACCACCAAGAGUUAAACCUAACUAGAAUGAAGUCCAUGUAUUUGGUGCCAAUCUCGAGAGACGACUCCCAACCUUGCAACAAGGACAAACAAAAUCCCAACCAAUUCUUGAGAACAAAAAGCGAGCCUCUUUCUGAGUCGCUGGUGGUGCGAGGUUUUGCGAGUCCACUCAGGGACAAAAAUGAGAGAAGAGUGCCUCUGCCUGGCGAUGAUUAUAGAGCGCGAAGACUUUCUCUUGGUGUGCAUCACUUUUAA